AUGACGCGACGAAUGGUCUACGGCAUAGGCCUCUGGGUCUUCCUAGCCGCCGUCGCCCUAACCUUCACCUCCAUGGCCCUCCCCUCCUGGAUCUCCUACACGUCUCCUUCAUCCACCUCCCCCAACCCCUCGCAUCCCAACAAACCCAUCCACGUCUCCUAUGGCUUACACCGCCGCUGUUCCUCUCUCACCUCUGGCUGCACACCGUUUCCGCUGCAAGAAGAUUGCCAUGGCGAAGACAGAUAUUUCUGCUCCAUGUGGAGGAGUGUAGGCUUUCUGAUGAACUUUUCAGUGGUGUUGGAGUUGGCGACUUUGGUGGCGUUUGGGGUUGUGUUGUUGGGGGGACGCAGUAAUAGGGAGGGAGGCUGGAAGAUGUGUGUGGGGUUGCUUGGGGUGGUGGUGGUUUGUCAGGUUGCUGCUAUGGGGAUUGUGGCAUUCCUCUUCGACCACGACAACCGAUUCUUUGUGGGCUGGAAGUUGGACAAGAGUUGGAUUCUGUGCACCAUCUCUUGGAUCGUGCUGUUGAUGGAUGUGGUGGGCAUCACAGUUGCGGCCAAAGUUUUGCCUGCUGAAGAUGACUACGAACCAAUUCCCGAUAGGAGAUGA